ACAUCCUAAUCAAUUAUACUACCUAAAUUGUGCGGAAACUAUAAUAUGGUAAGCAGUGAUAAUGUCACCCGAGCACCUCCCUUAUUUGCAUAUAGAGGAGUGUUAGCUUAUAGCAUUAUUGGGUAGAGUAUGAAAAGAAAGGAGUGGAAAUAUCGAUGUAGGCGUAUAGAGAAUCAGAGAUAGAUACUGUAUAUAUAUCGCACCUACCGAUAGUUAGAGCGGUGUGUGAUUGCGAUUGUAGACACCAUAGGUGGUGUCGGUGAUAUCCAUGCCCACUGUUGGGCUCAAACAGCUCAAUCUCAACAAUGUGAUUUUGGUUUCUGAGGAUUGAUCUGUGGCUUCGGAAAAAUAUGUUGCUUUGGCAUAGUAGUAUCCGAAGACAUUGAGCUAAAUUGCCUGAUAUAGGAUGGCUACCGAUGUUGAUCAAGCCUAUUUUUCAUGGUCGCAGGAGGAAUUAAAUGAUAGAAAUAAUUCUCAAGGAGUUUCGGUGUCUCAGAUGCUUGACCAUGGUUCCAUAUCUUUUGGACGAUUCGAGUAUGAGUCAUUAUCAUGGGAAAAGUGGUCGGUAUUUACACAUAACAGGCGUCAGGAAGAGCUGGAGAAGUUCAAUGGAUUGGUUGCCCAAAAGAAGGCAUAUUUCGAAGAAUACUAUAGAAGGCUUCGAGCGUUAAAGGCUUUGCAACAGCAGCAACAACAGCAAGAGAACCAGCAAACAGAACUUACUUUGGAUUACAGUGGUGAUGGUAGUAUUUCUAGCCAGAAUGGAGAGGACGAAACAACUUCACAGCUUGAAAUCAUAAGAGAUGAGACACAAAACGUUACUGAUGCUGAAGAAGCUAUUUCUGAGAAGCACUUUGAGCGGGAAAUAAACUACACUGAAGAUCCUGGAUGUAGAAACUUGGACCAAGCAUUUAUAUCAUCAGGUUCUGCUUCAUUGAGUAGAAACUUCGAGAAAAUUGAGCAGGAAAGGGACUCAAAUAAUGUACAAUAUAGUCAACCGCUUAUUGUGAAAUCCCUCAAAUCAUUGAAAACCUCCAAAGAGAUCGAGGAAAAUGAUGGACGUAAUCUCGAAGGAGAAGAAAUCAACAGGUUACAGCUGAAUCCAAAUUCAAAUCUUGAGAAUGGAGCUGCUUCGCAUCAGGCUAUGUUGAGCUGUACAGAUUCUAUUUCUAGAGAUGAUGACUCAAAGCUUAGGCUGCCUAGCAAAGCAGUGGCAGAGACAGUCAAAUUGUCAUCUAAGAAAACUGCGGAUCGUAAAUCAGUUCCUAAGGCGCCUCCUCCUCCUGUUCGAUCUUCUGCAUACUUGAAACAAAAAUUCAGGCCAGACUCCGUUCAAUCGUCUGAGAAAGCAAGCAAACCAGUUCAAAAGCCAGUUGCCAAGUCGGACAAAACAAACAGUACAGCAAAAGAAGCUACAAUGAGAGUCAAAACUACCAACAGAGCUACUUCAGUGACUUCAUGUAGAACAGUCAAGGAAAUGCAAUGCAAUAAUAGUACCACCCCACGUCCACUUUCCGCUCCCAGAGAAAGAAAAGCUGGCAUAAGAGAAACCAUAGGGAAAAUGGAUUUCAAAACUGCUAAGGAACCGCAAUGCAAUAAUACUUCCACCCCGCGUCCACUUUCCGCUCCCAGAGAAAGAAAAACUGGCAUCAGAGAAAGUGCGGCGAAACUGGAUUUCAAAACUGCGGAGGGUGGCCCAAAUAUGCAGGUUACUCCAAAGAAGAUACCAGCACCAAGUGCUGUUAAAACUAGUAGGCUGGAGUCAAAAAGGGACUACAAAGUAGUAAAAGAAACUUCAGCAUUAAACAGGGUACCUACAGGCUUGAAGAGAACGGAAGACAAUGUGCUUGGAACACCAAAAUCGAGGUCGAUUAAUCUCCCUCCAAGGAAAAAGUCUAGUCACAGUAGUGGAACAGAUCAAGUUACGGAAAACUUCACAAGGAACAAACAAGAGGUAACUAGAAUGGAAAACAAGGAAGCAAAAUUGAUGCAAUCUCGGUGGCCUUCAAGAAGUACUACUACCCCUUCACUUACAGGAAGCUUAAGGACAAGCACCCAAAAGGCCGGUGAUCUACCACGCUUUGGGAGUAAACCACAAAUCAAGAAUCCGUCUCUCAACGGAAGGAAGCCAAAGGUAGAGGCACCGCAAUGGCGAUAACUCGUCCGAAGAUGAGCAAUGGACCUGUAAAGAGAAAAAUGGCUCCAUCACACCUUUCUCUUCAUUACAAGUUUGCGACGCGACCUUAAGAGUAAUAUGUGGAUCUUCAAUCUUGUUGUAUGAUGUGCUGUAGCAUCUCUCUGCUUUGGGAGCUAUUGGUUUACCUGCUUCUGGUGAUCUAAAGAACUGCUCCCUCCAUGUCAAAAGAGAUUUCAAUAGUUCUGUAUAUACCAAAACUAAUAGGGCCAAAUAGUAUGGAGGCUGUCUCAUUACUGCAUCUUCAAGUAUGGAAAAAUUGUUAGAAUUUCCUAGUUGCUGUGAUCAGUAAGUUUUGUUGUAAAGCAUCUGUUUCGCUUAGCUGUUAUUUUUGCUUUCAACUGUAGUCGUUCGUUAAUAAUGAUAUAAAAAUUUUAAUUAGUUUAUGCUCGUAA